AUGAGAUAUGGCCUAUUGUAUUUGGUUGUGUCAUUGUUUGUUUUUGUGGGAUUGGUGAACUCAGACUCAAUUGAAUUUGAUGUUUAUUCAGGAGAAGAUCAAGUUGAGGUUGAUGACAGUCUUUCAUACAAAUAUGAUCAAUUAUCGAACAAUUCCUUACUUUGGGGACCCUAUAGGACAGCAUUAUACUUUGGUAUAAGGCCAAGAAUUCCACGCUCCUUAUUGUCUGGGUUAAUGUGGUUCAAUGCUGAUGGUUAUAAUACAAUCGGAGACUUUAGACAUUUCUACGAACAAGGUGAUAAUAUGGGGAAAGCCAAUUGGGUUCAAUAUGAUCCUAGAAUUGGUGGUCGUCAGGUCAUUACUGACAAUGAUUGUCACAUAGACAUUACUAUUGAUUUCGUCAAAAGUAAUGAUGGGAGAUCAUGGGGUGUUAAAGUUAAAUCAACACCUCAUGCAGGCUAUGAAAACAUUAAAACUUCUUUCGUUUGGUAUUCAGGUUUAGAAGGUAAAAGGGAUGAUGUACAGGACGGGCAAUUUGAGGACCCUGAGGCUGAAGUAGACAUUUCUGGAGCUGGAUAUUUCAGGUUAGAUAACGAAAAAGAUGUCAAAGGACAUGAGGGGACUGUGAAAUUUUCAGGUAUAUCAGAUGGAUUGGGAUUAUUUGAAUUGGAAAUUAAUGAUGGACCCAAAAGUAAUAAGCAUCCCGUGAGUAAAUAUUUGGUCGAUCCUGAAUUGGACCCCAAAAAAUCGCAUCAUUACAGUUUGAAUGUUCCAGAUGAUAAUGUCUGGAAAGCAAAAGACAUUUUUAUGACCAUGUUGCAAGAUUCAAUCCAAGAUCUUUUAACCAAGCACGGUGAGCUUGACAAGUUCCCACCAGAGCAAUUGUUCAUAAUGAGAGACAUACAAAAUUUCGAAGGUAAUUUACAUUACAUUCAAAAGAUGUAUCAGGGUUCAGCAGAAUUCGAUAUAAUCUUCAAUAAUGCACUUACCCCUCAAGAUGACAAGAUCACUUUUGAUAAUAUCAAAGAUAAAAUUAAAACUACUUUAUCGUCAUUUGAUUCUAAAUUUGAAAAGCACUUUUCUCCAAGUAAGCCAUUUAACAAGAAAAAAUAUAAUACUUUCGGUAAAGAAAUUGUGUCAGGUUUAUUGGGAGGCCUUUCAUAUUUUUAUGGUGAUCAUUUAGUCGAUAGAGAAACCGUCUUUGAUGAGGAUUCAUUUGAAUCAUAUGAAUUGAAAGGUCAAACAGAGGGCCCAUAUGAAUUAUUUACUUUUGUCCCAUCAAGACCCUUCUUUCCAAGGGGUUUUUAUUGGGAUGAAGGCUUUCAUUUAUUGCCAUUACUAGAAUAUGAUUCUGACUUGGUGUUGGAAGUAGUCAAAUCAUGGUUCAACUUAAUCGACGAUGAAGGUUGGAUUGCUCGUGAACAGAUCUUGGGACCAGAGCUGAGAUCAAGAGUACCAGAACAGUUUCAGGUCCAAAGUCCAGAAAUUGUUAAUCCACCUACACUCAUGCUUGUUUUUAGUUCUUUAUUGGAAAAAUCAAGAGCUUUUCAAGUUGAUGAGCCCGCCAAAGCUAAAGGUGGUUAUGGGGGUAUGGAGUCGUUUAAUCAAGAAGACCUAGGCUCAAUUAUAAUGAAUAAUCCUGAAGUUUUAACCAACUUUACCAAGCAAAUUUAUCCUAAGCUUAAAUUACACUACGACAAAUUCCGUUCAACACAACAAGGAUAUGUCGAAGAGUUUGAUAGAGGUACCAAUUUAGAAGCUUAUAGAUGGAGAGGACGUACAUCAACUCACUCUCUUGCCAGUGGUCUUGAUGACUACCCAAGAGCACUUCCUGCAGAUAUUGCCGAACUAAACGUUGAUUUAUUAUCUUGGAUAGGUGUAAUGACCAGGUCUAUCAAAUUGGUGGCAGAAUUAGUUGGGUAUGAAGAUGACUAUAAACAAUUAGCAGAAAUAGAACUGAAUAUCAUAAAGAACUUGAAUGACUUACACUGGUCCGAAGAACAUAAAACUUAUUGUGACUUAUCUGUAAAUGAGGAUGAUGAAAAUGUUUAUGUAUGCCACAAGGGUUACAUCAGUUUAUUCCCAUUCUUGACCAAACUCAUGCCAAUAGAAGAUGUCGAUAAAUUAGAACAUUUGGUAGAUAUGAUUCUCGACCCUGAGGAAUUGUGGACUGACUUUGGUCUCAGAUCCUUAUCUAAAUCUGAUAAGUACUAUGGUACUGCAGAAAAUUAUUGGAGAUCUCCAAUCUGGAUUAACAUUAACUACUUGGUAUUAGAUAGCUUACAAUAUUACAAAGCAGAAUCAUCAUAUAAAGCAUCUAAAUCGUUGCUGGAUAAAUUAGGAAAAGCAUACUCUCAAUUGAGAGUUAACUUGGUUGAUAACAUAUUCAAGCAAUGGCAGAAAACUGGGUUUGUAUGGGAACAAUAUGAUGACACCACCGGAGAGGCUAAAGGAGCUAAGAACUUCCUUGGUUGGACUUCAACUGUUGCCCUAAUGAUGAAUAUGCCAGAGAAGAUUUGA